CGGUGUCUCAACGGCCAGCUGUUCUCCCCGUGCCGUCGUUCCCCUUUUCCCGUUGGCUGCCUGACCGGCCACUCGAAAGAUGUUCCGAAUUGGAUUAAAAUUUCCGUACAACGGUCUGAAUCGGGUAAAAAAACACGGCUCCUCCAGGCCACAUCUAACCGCCAGGUACUACGAGCCGCGGGCGCGCAUCAAGUAUGAGCCAGAUGGAAGACUUUGCAGGGAUGUCAGGUUUAUAUCCAGGUUUACUGGGCCGAGGUAUUCGACCGCACCAAAAAGCGUCAAAAGUCGGGGAUCAGGAAUGCUGAUAACUCUAGGCGCUGUAACAAUAGGUACCUUAGGAAUAUUAACAUAUGUAAAAGGGAACCCAAAGGUUCGAGCUACCCUCGAAGGAUGGAUUCCGGGUACAGAUGAAACUAUCCGAGUUAUCUUUCAAGAAGAUAAGAAUUCCAGCUAUCUUGACUUUGUACUUACGUUCUUCGAAACGGUGAAGCAGACAAUAUUAGGCAUGUUCAUCAAGGAAGCAUCAGAACCAGAACCAGGUCAGACAAGAAUACAGUACACAAAAAUUGUAGAAUACAUACCGCCCAAGCCAGCUUUUAAACCACUGGCCGAUCAGAAAGAAGCGCCUAUUAACAAGAAUUAUGCCGAAAUUCGUGUUAGUAAAGACAAGGGCGAAAAAGUCGAUGUUGUAGCUGAGAAGCCAGCGUCGCCUGCCAAAACUGUGCGCGAUGAAUCAAUACCACAAAAUCUCAUCGAGUUAGAAACAUACUGUGGAGAAGCUGCUGGUAAAGCUAUUGCGGCCUAUCAGAAGGCAGUGUACGCUCUUCAAGAAUACAAUCAGGAUGUUGCCAAAGUGAUUGAAAGUGCUGGCACUACAGUAAGCGGAGUCAUCUGGCAAAGGUUAAAAGAGGCAACAGAAAAGAGGAAACAGACUGUACAGCAAGCAGAAGAACACGCGAAAGAUGCAUUAGAUUCGCUUAAGCGUAUGUACAAUUCAAUCGAUGAACCUGUGCUUGAAGCGGCCGCUCACAUGAAAACAGCUGCAAAGCGAAAUAUUAGAAAAAUUAUGGAUGAUGUGGACGAAGCUAAGAAAAAAUACACCAAUGAAUUACAGAGUGGUAACGUCGCGGAGCGCUACUGGAAGCAGGUUCAAACAGCACGAGAGAAUUUCAAUGAAGAAUUGCAUAUUCUGUUUCCCAAUAUAAAUAUUCAUGAUAAGAAGCUGUCUGUUAGCGAAGAAGCCUUCGAUUUAUUCGUCUUGCAUAUGUAUCACAAAGUCAACAAUCUGCAAAAAGAGCUGGAGAAAUUAAGAACAAUCAACGAAACUAAAGUGAAAGCGGCAUUGAGGACGGCGGGUGAAGACGCGACUCAAGAAAAAUUGGACGCUCUGAUCUGCCUCGAAGUUAAUCGAGAGAGACUUGAGUUAGAAGAUAAGCACGCAAAAGAGUUGCUGUCGGAGCAGAAGAAGUUUAACGACGAGAUGCGGCGCCAGUUGAAAUUGCAGUCGGAGAUACAUGCCGAUCAUCUUCGAGAAGCAAUUUUGGCCAAAGAGCAGGAAACGCAAAGGACGCUGCAACGCGCGCUCUACGAUCAAGCCGAUGCCGACUCUAUAAAAUACAAAACACAGCUCGCAGAGGUAGUUGGAAGAUCACGUGCUGUCACAGCGGCUCUUAAAGCUCGUAUGGAGGAAGAGAAGGGUGCGUCGAAUGUACAGAUCCUUUGGGCGGCCUGUCAAACCUUGGCCAGGACAGUAAAAGCCAUCCAGUCAGGUGCACCAAAAGAUAAAGUAAUUAAACCGUUAGAACCUGAAAUCAAGGCUAUCUGCAAGGCAGCACCGAAGGAGGAUCCCCUGGUGCGCGCCGCUAUCCAAACCAUUCCCGAGGAGGCGGCUAAGAGAGGCGUGUUCCCGGAGGAUACCCUCCGUGAGAGGUUCCUGAAGGUAGAGAGCGUGGCGAGAAGAUUAGCCAUGGUGCCUGAAGGCGGUGCAGCCCUGCCUAUAUAUCUUCUUAGCUAUCUUCAAAGUUUCUUGAUCAUCAAAACGGCCAAUUCAAUUCCGAAAAGGGAGCUCGAAGACGAGCCAAUCGACGUAGACUCGCUGAAUACGUACGACAUACUCCAACGUGCCAGAUAUUGGUUGGAUCGUGGCGAUUUCAAAAUGACCCUGAGGUACAUGAAUCUACUCAAG